AUGCCGAUGUGGAUUCGCGAUGCGUCGGGUUCCGACGCCGACCCCCGCCACCGGACCUCAUAUUUAUACGCUAAAGCGGGCGCCGCUAAGAGUUCAAACGUGCGUCGGGCGCUCGGAACAGUAGACGAUCGAGAGAAUCGCAAAGCGUGGGUAGACGAGGGCGAGUGCAGUGUGCAGUGCGUGCGGGUCGUGUGUCGCUGA